AUGUAUUCAAGGUCUGACAGUGAUUUUGAGGAAGACAGUCUUCCAGAGAAAAGCAAGAAACCACGGCAUCAGACAUCCGGGUCCAAAAACAGGAGCCUAUUGUCUUCGAAUUAUGUGGAUGGAAAUACAGACUCUAAUCAUUGGGUGGAAGUGUUCGUUGCCAAGGAACAAAAAUGGCUAAGCAUAGAUGGGGAGAGCUUGCAAGUGAAGAAACCUUAUGAGCUAGAGAACAGAGUAACACCGCCACUGUCUUAUGUGAUUGGAAUAUCUCAAGCUCGGAAUGGCCACCUAAAGGAUGUCACAGCCCGCUACGCCAGCCAGUGGUUGACUGAAACCAGAAAACUGAGAGUAGAUCGAGACUGGUGGGGGGAAACACUGGCGCCAUAG